CAUUACGAAUUUCGAAAUAACAUUACGUUCUUUUUUUUUUGUCAGUCUGGCAACUAUUUUUACAGAAGUUUAAUUAGUUUUUCAUUCUGAUUGCAUCACAGUUGUGUUAAGUAAACGAAAGCUGUAGAAAUGGCCUUUAGAAGCUGGUUUUCGCUGCCCGCUGUCAGAGCCGAUGAUGAGGAGUUAGUUGAUCCUCAAGCAGUUUUAAGAGAAAAAUGUCAAGCUAAAGGUCAUAUUGAAUCCUUGUACAACAAGUACCAAGAGUGCAAUGAUCGCGUGAAUGGGCGUUCCAAGACAACUGAAACGUGUAUGGAAGAAUUGUUCGAUUAUGUUGCAGAAUUGGAUCAUUGCGUUGCUCAUAGUCUUUUUCCAAAGCUAAAGUAACUGAAAAUGAAAGCAUAUGUACAUUUAAAUCGUUAUAGUACUGCACGAACUUUGACAAAUACAAAUUAAACCAACCUCGGUAA